UCUGGACCUUCACUCGUCUUUCUGAAAAAACAUUUCAAGACCACCUUCAGCCUUCGAGAUUAGCACCAAGAGGUUGAAACUGCAUGAGAAAUCUUGUGACUGAAAUGAGGGGAACAUCAAGGUUCAAAGGAAGCUUCUGUGGCUUUCCAUGGUUUAUGCCUUUCUGUGGUCAUCAUCUCUAGAAGGAAUGCAAACUGCUAUGAGGGAGCUUUUCUUCCACCCACUGUGUUCAGGAAGUCAACCGACCAGACCAAGAUGCCGGCUGACAAUUCUUCUGAAAACUGUUCUGAUCCUUCCAUGGGUUUCCAGGCCUCCUUAUAUGCAGCGACUUACGUGAUUAUAUUCAUCCCUGGUCUGGUGGGCAACAGCCUUGCUCUGUGGGUUUUGUGCUGCUUUAUCAAGAGGGAAAGCAAAGCGGUCGUCUUCAUGAUGAAUUUGGCCGUGGCUGAUCUGGCUCAUGUCCUCUCCUUGCCUUUGAGGAUGUACUACUAUAUCAACCACACGUGGCCCUUUGGGAGCUUCCUCUGCCAAUCCUGCUUCUACCUGAAGUACUUCAACAUGUACGCCAGCAUCUGCUUCCUCACUUGCAUCAGCAUCCAGAGGUAUCUCUUUCUCCUUCAUCCCUUCCGAACCAAGAGUUGGAACUACAGGCAUGACGUCGCUGUCAGUGCCAUCGUCUGGAUCAUGGUGGGGGCUGCUUGCUUGCCCCUCCCCAUCCUGAGAAGCCCGAGCUUAACCAACAAUGCCAAUGCCUGCUUUGCCGACCUCGGAGUGAAGCAGCUAACGCGGGGAGCCUCUGUGACGCUGAUGGUGGUAGCCGAGCUCUCUGGGUUCCUGAUCCCUCUUGCAAUUAUUCUUUACUGCACGUGGAAGAUGAGACAGUCGCUGCGGGAUUCUCAUGCUCCGUUGCAACAGGCCGACGAGAGGCGGAAAGCUUGGCGUCUGAUCCUGGGCUGCGCGGCCGUCUUCUUCAUCUGCUUCACUCCCUACCACGUCAACCUCCCGAUCUUUAUGAUGGUCAAACAAGGUGUCUUUGGGAGCUGCCUGGUCCAUCACCACGUCCUGAACAUCCACACCGUUUCUUUGUGCCUUGCAAGCCUGAACUGCUGCUUGGAUCCAAUUCUCUACUAUUUCAUGACGUCAGAAUUUCGGCAAAGGCUGUUCCGACACAACGGGGCUGCCUUCCUGCAGCGGUUCGUCCAUUUAGACAACAGCAGGGCUGCCGCUUCCACCGCCAAGGAGGACGAGGAGGAGGAGGAGGAUGGGAAGAGAAGUGAGAAUGUUUUAAUGGCCUAUUUUCGACCCUUUCGGCCUCAAAGACUUGAAAAUGAGAGCACGGUGCCCCCUCUGUCUCCUUAGCUAAUAAAUGAUGC